GUUUAUUAGUUAAAGACUUGUUCUAAAAACUUAACAAGAAGGGCUUCCAAAACAAAUUAUAAGGGUUUACCGAUUGCUUCCUUUUGUGAAAUGGAUUGAUCCAUAGCUUCACCCACUAGUACAUGCCAAUUUCCGAUCCUUCAAGCUUUCUUCUCAUCCUCUCCGUGCUGCGCACGAACCCUGCAUAACUGCUAUCGUGCGCAAUUCUCAUCGAAAGAUUCCAACGCAUUCAUCGCGUUAAGUACUGAAAUACAGUGAGAAUUCAGAACUCAGAGAAGGAGUAUGGCUGAUAUAUUUGCGUGGCUCUUCUCCUUCUUCACCCUUAUUGCCUUAAUUGUUAUCAUUAUUUACCAGUUAAUGUGCCUGGCAGAUCUUGAAUUCGAUUAUAUAAAUCCUUAUGAUUCCACAUCGCGAAUAAACAAAGUGCUUUUUCCUGAGUAUAUUAUAUUAGGUGUUCUCUUCUGCUUCUAUGUUGUAACUGGGCAUUGGAUAAUGGCACUGUUAUGCGCUCCUUACAUCUACUACAAUGUGAAAUUGUACAGACAAGGAAAGCAUCUUGCUGAUGUUACAGAGAUAUUCAACAUGCUCCCUCGGGAAAAGAAGCAACGGCUUUUCAAACUCUUCUAUCUAAUUUUUAUCCUAUUCCUCUCCUUAUUUUGGUUGAUCUACACAUCAUUGGACGACCAUGACGAUUAGUUGGUGUUGAUUGCUUGUUUUAUGGAAUGCUUUCUGGAAGUGAGCUACCUGACAUGUUCAAAUGAGUAGAGCUAAUUACUUCCCAUAUUCGACGUCGAUUAUGGACUAACUUAUACUCUAGGUCUGGGUUGCCUACACUUCCCCGCUAGGUUGUUUGACAAUAAAACAUACGUGGCUGUAUAUUGCUAUAUUUAAAUUGGUUUUAUGAUGCAGAUUAUCUUUUUUUA